AUGGACGCUUCAAAUUCCUGGAAAUUAGAAUUACAUGAAAUAUUAGAUUUCGAUAAUGAAGGAGCCCUUGAGCCCGUUUUUCAGGAUGAAGGUGUUGAUCCUAUUGCACCUAUUGCUUAUCCACCAUAUUAUUCCGAAGCAAUGGCUUAUUUAAAAGCAGUAAUGAUUAAAGAAGAGAUGUCUGAGCGCGCAAUGAGACUUACUGCUUAUAUUAUUAAUAUGAAUCCUGCACAUUAUACGAUAUGGUUGGCUUAUAGAAUGAAAGUCUUAAUAAAUCUUAAAAAAGAUCUUCUUCAGGAACUUUUAUGGGUUGAACAAUUGAGCAAGUUACAUCCAAAAAGCUAUCAAUUAUGGCAUUAUAGACAAUUUCUUAUGGAUAUGUAUGGGGAUCCUUCAAUGGAGUUGAAUUUUUUAGCUGAAGUUUUACAAAAGGAUUCUAAGAAUUAUCAUGCAUGGUCUUAUCGACAGUGGUUAACUGAACGGUUUAAUUUAUGGGAUGUAGAAUUGCCUUAUAUUGAUCUUUUUUUAAAACAAGACAUUCGAAACAAUUCUGCAUGGAAUUAUAGGUUUUAUAUCGUUUUUAGAGAUCAUCAUUAUGUUUCAGAUGAUACCAUGAAAAAAGAAAUUGAAUAUUGUAAAGAUGCUAUAGCCUUUUCUCCACAAAAUUCUAGCCCAUGGCUAUAUCUUAGGGGAAUACUUGAAAAGUAUAAUCAGAAUUUUUCUUUCUUGGAACCAUUUUGUCUUCAGUAUGCUUCUUUAAAUCCAAAUGAAAAUCAACAAAUGUCUUCUGAAGCAUUAGAAUUUCUGGCAGAUAUAUAUUCUUUAAACGACACGUCUAUUAAAGAUGCAAAAAAGGCUUUACAGUUGUUAAUUGAUAAAUAUGAUACUAUUAGAAAAAAAUAUUGGGAGUAUAAAAUACUGUUACUUGAUAGAAAAGAUGAUAAUAUAUAA